AACGCGAUCGCCAUCGCGCGAGCGUACCGCCGCCGCUACGGAAAAGUAUGGAGGACAUUUCGUUGCCCCACGACACCAGAGUCGAAGAUAUUUUAGCCGACUAUUUCACGAAGAAGAUCGAAGGCAAGGAUCCGGAGGUCAAGGAGAAGCGCUCCGACUCGCAGCACAGUUCUAAAUCCAAGAAGUCCAAGAAGCGGAAGCACAAAAAGAAGAAAAAACACAAAUCCCGAAAAGCUCAUUCAGAGAACGAGGAGGAUGAACCUGCUCGCUCCAGCGCAGAUGAGUGCUGGGUGGAGGUAACAGCAGGUAAUGCCAAGGGAGACUCGGCCAAGGAUAAGUCGGAUAGUACUGACAAAGAACCAAAGAAAAAACUCAAGAGCAAAAGCAAGCGUAGAGACACUAGCGCUUCUUCAAAUACGGAUGCUGCAGCCAGUCAAGAUAUGCUGAAGGGUGACAGAGAUAGUGCAUGCAAAGAUGACAGCCACAGCAGCAAAGGUGGCAGUGAUCAGAAGGAGCCAGCAAGUAAGGAUGAUGCUAAGCAGCAGUCUGAACACUCUGGGCAUUCAUCCAGAAAGUCAAGCUCAUCUACAUCUCCUGCUAGGAGCAACCACGCUUCGAGCAGCUCCGACUCGGACGAUGACCACAAAAGUGCGUCCGCAGCGGAGCCUGCUAGCCAUACUUCGGAAGUAGAGCCAUCUAAAAAACCAACGAAAAAGAAAGGGCGAAGCUACAGGACAAAGCGCUGUCGAUCGUCCGGCUCAUCUGAAUCAUCGGAGGAUGACCAAGAUAAGCAGAGCAGAAGUCGGAGCCGAAGUCUAUCGCAAGGGGAGAGCCCUCGCCAUUCCAAGCAAAACAGGGCACGUAGUUCCAGCAGAAGCCGGCAUGACACUCAAAGCAAGGAUUUAAAACGAGAAAGGAGCAAGAGCAGAGAUGACAGAAAGUACGACCGAUCACGAGAUCAUUCUCGUAGUCCCAAAAGGUCGAGUCCCAGUAGAAGCCAGCGCCGGGGCCGUAGUCGCAGCCGGCAGAGCCGUAGCCCCGGAAGAGCGAGGACUGGCCGCAGUCGCAGCCAAAGGCGUUCUGGAGGCCGUCACAGCCGUAGCCCAAGACGUACUGAAAGUCUUCGUUGCCGUAGCCCGAGACGGUCCGAAGGUCUUCGUAACCGCAGCCCGAGGCGUAACGAAGGUCAUCGCAGCCGUAGCCCUAGGCGUACCGAAGGUCAUCGUAGCCGCAGCCCAAGACGUUCUGAAAAUCGUCGCAGCCCUAGCCCAAGCCGUAGUCAAAGGUGGUCGGGAAGCAAGCACAGCCGAGGUAGAACACCACCAAGGCGGAGUCGAAGCCGAAAAAGGUCAGAAAGUAGGCAGCGAGGUCGCCGUAGUCAAAGCCCUAGCUCUAAGCAGUCUCGACGAAGUACAAGUCGAGACAAAAAGCAUGUCAGAAAAAGUGAAAGCCCUAAAAGAGAGAGGAAAAGUCGUAGUCGCAGCCGUAAGCGUUCAGCGAGCAAACAAAGGCGCUCUUCACGGCAUUCGAGAAGCGGUGACAGGAAUUGUUCAGAUGAUGGCAAGUCUGAUGAAAGAGAUAAAAGAAGCGAGGAGAAGGCCUCCAGUGUAAAAGCUCCAGCAUCUGAUAAGAGCUGUGCAAGUUCUGCAGAUGCUGACAGUAAACAAAAACAGACAAAGUCUGCAGAAGAGAAAGCUAAAAAGGACAAAGCAAGUGACAAAGCAAGUGACAAAGAAAGUUCCAGUGAUGGUGGCAAGAACCAGGUGGUUCUGUAUGGACCAUUUGAGGAAGAAGCUAGUUUUGAUGAAGAACCAAGUCCCGAGAGAGCUGAAUCAACUUCAAAACUUGUGCAGCCUGAGGCAUGCUCAGGUGUUUCUGGCAAGACUUCGAAACACCAACCAGCUACCAGUAGCCUUGAUGCAGUGCCACUUCCAGCAGAGCCUGUCUCCCAGUCUGAAGACACCCUUCUAGAGGACAUGGACAUUUCAGACUCUCCAUCCUCCGGUGGGGUGCUAGAAGUAGAGGACAGCCUCAACCAGAACCUGGGUUCUGGAGAGAAUCAGUGCUUGCCCUCCAUCACUUCUCGACAUCAAGCUGAAACCAGGGCCUCGCAGCAGUGUGUGCAACCACAGAAGGACGCCAUGCCUGAAGACACGUCGAAGAAGGCAACUCCUGCUAGAGCCGCAAUUCCUUGGAAUUAUAAUGAAGCACAACCGCCACCACUGCCUUGGGUGAAGCCUGAAGUAACUAAGCCUGUGGGGCAAGUCAAGCCUUUUGUUAGGGAGGUCAAUCUGAAUGAGUCAACAGCACAAAAGGGCCUCUUGCAGGUGAAGAAGGACGGAGUUGGUGCUGUUGGCACCAUGGCCACAGUGCAGCCAUCUGCCGAUCCUCCAUUGACUGCUCCCAGCAAGGACACAUACAAAGCUGAAGAACUGUCUGCUUUGGCAAGCCCUGCUGAAAAGGCUGCCGAGCAACCUGCUUUUACUGAUCUUUCAGUAAAGCUACUGCCACAAAUAUCUCUCACGACUGCGCCACCACCUGUAAGUGUGCAUGGUGGGGCAUUGUAUUCUGCUACUGUGAUGCCAGUGCAUGUCCCUUUACAAUGUAUGGGUGUGCCAGAGCAUGGUCAAGUUGGGCCUGGUGCCAUGCCACCAGUCGCACGAGAAAAGCCCCCGCAUGUAAUGGAGCAGCAGCAGCAGCAAUGUCCACCCCAUGUACAACAAAGCCGUGAUAAUCAGGUGUUGGACUCGAUGGACUCAAGUAGCACUGCUUCCCAGGUUGCUGGAAGCGAGGCAAUCCCUCAGUCUCCCAGCAUAGAGUCCAAAAAUGAAGAUACAGCUCCAGAUGUAGGUUCUGCAGAGAACAUCAAGGACACUGAGUCUGGGAGCUCGUCCAGAAGCUCUUCACCAGCAGAGGGGCGAAGUCGAAGCAGCAGCAAGGAGAGAUUGAACUCUCGCACGUCUAGAAGCCGCAGUGGGGACCGAGAAACCACAAAGCGGUCGCGGAGUAGUGAAUCUCGAAGUCCAAGCAAUGAUAGCAAGCGGCUGCGCAAAGAUGAUCGUACAGACUUGGAAAAAAAGAAGACAAAGAGUGAAAGUCAUGACAGACGUGGUAGUGCAAGCCCAGACCGCAGUGCACGGGACAGUCGUGCUAGGAAAAAGAGCGUGAGCCCAGACAGAAAGCAGAGCAAGAGUCAUGAACGUAAGAGGAGCAAGAGCCGUGAUAAGAGGCGGAGUAAAAGCCGUGACAGAAGAAGCAAGAGUCGGGACAGACGAAGAAGCCAGAGUCGCGAUAGGAAGAGAAGCCCAAGCCGCGAGCGGAGGAGAAGCAAAAGUCGCGAAAGAAGACCAAGCAAAAGUCGAGAGCGUAAGAGAAGCAAGAGUCGGGACAGGAAAAGGAGCAAAAGUCGAGAUAGGAAGAGGAGCAGGAGCCGGGAACGAAAAAGGAGCAAAAGUCGUGAACGAAAAAGAAGCAAGAGUCGGGACCGGAGAAGAAGCAAGAGCCGUGAUAGGAAGAGGAGCCGAAGCCGAGACCGAAAGAGAAGCAAGAGCCGUGAACGGCGUAGUAGUGCAGUGCACGGCGGAGUGCGGUCGUCUCGAAGGAGAAGCGGCAGCAGGUCUCGCAGGAGCCGCAGCCGCGACCAAUCCAAGAGACAUAGCCGAAGCAGAGAGAGGACACGCCCUCAGCGAAGCCAGAGCAGGGGCAGGGACUCAAGCAGGAGGAGAUCAAAGGACAAAGAAACGCCUAGGGGGGGCCUGAUCCUGAAGCGAUACAAGAAUGAGCUUAGCAGCGAGUCCGAGAGCAGCCCUGAAAGAAAAAGCACAGUGAAGCCAUCUUCGCCAGUCAAAAAAAGACAGCGCAGGGAAAGUGAUGCUGAAAGCGUUGACUCUCUGGAGGAUAAGCCUGAAGAUAACAGGGUGGCAUCACCAAUGAUGUCUGAGACCAGUAAGCCCGACACAGAUGGCAGGGAUGAUGAUUGCGUAGAUAGUGACAAUGAGAAAGAAGUUGAGAAGCAUGCAUCCUCUGAAAAAUUAGCAAACAAGGAUGAACUCAAGGAUGCUCCGUAUGGGCCGCUUCCCCCAAAUGAAGCCAGUACUUCUCCAGUAGUCAUGGAAGUACAGCAGUCCGAUGAUGAAAUAGAUGAUGAGCAGGAUGUGCAGGCAGGCUCUGAUGGUAGCUCACCAAUGAAAGUGAAACCAGAUAGUAAGGCACUUGGCCCUCCUGUUGUGAGUAGCAGUAGCUCUAAAGAGAACAUUUGCUCGGUUAAGGACACAGUGGCAGUGUGUAGCAAAGGUCAGUCUGCCAUUCGCAGAGCUUCUCAGGACAGCACUGCGCAUAGAAGUCCAGAACCGAAGCAAGACCGACAAGAAAAAAGUACAAAUAAAGAAGACAAGACACACACUGAGAAGUUCGCCAUCCCAUGUGGUGAAAGUGCAGUGUCGAGCUCAACUGGCAGCCCUGGAGAUCCAGAAGGGCAACCCGAAAUCAGGCCACUCUCUGGAACCUUGCAAACAGAAAAGUUAAGUGAAGAGAAUUCAUCCCCUGAGCAAUGUCCAGUGGCCUGUACAAAUACCAGUGACAGUGGUGAAAAGAAGCCAAGCACGACGACAGGUGACAAAGCUAGAGAAGCCAGCUGCAAUGAUGACACAAGGAGUACUUCAGACAACGGACGCAAGAGCCGGAGCAGGAGUCCAUCAAGUACAUCCUCCAUUGAAAAAGCUAGGACAAGGAAACAAUCUUCAUCGUCAAGCAGGAGUCCAAGUCAAGAGAGAGACGCUUCUAAAGAGCCGAGCAAAAGCAGAAGCACAUCUCCAGACAGCCCCGGUGUGGAGACACGAGAUGCAAGUCCAGAGAAAAAAAGUCAAAGCCGAGUCAAGAGAAGAAGCCAUAGCAGGGAGAAGAAAAGAAGCAAAAGUCGAGAGAAGAAACAAAGUCCCAGCCGUAGCAGGGGUAAAAAGAGGAGUCUUAGCCGCGAGAAAAAGAGAAGCGCGAGUCGAGAGAAGAAAAGGAGCAAAAGUCGUGAGAGGAGACCGAGCCGUAGUCGAGAUAGAAGUCGCCGCAGCAAGGAGAAGAAAAGAAGCAGAAGCCGAGAGAAGAAACGAAGUCCCAGUCGAGAAAAGAAGAGGAGCCGCAGUCGUGAGAAACGAAGGAGUCACAGCAGAGAUAAAAGGAGAAGCCGCAGCCGAGACAGGAAGAGGAGCCAUAGUCGGGACAAAAAGAGAAGCCGCAGUAGAGAGAAGAGGCGAAGCAUAAGCAGAGACAGGCGCAGGAGUCGUAGCCGAGACAAGAGGAGAAGCCGCAGUAGAGACAAGAAGACGAGCCCUAUCCGGGACAGGAAGCGCAGCCGAGAGAGGAGGAGGAGUCGCGACAAGAAGAGCCCGAGUCGGAGCCGAGACAGGCGCAGGAGCCGGAGCCGAGAGAGGAGGCGUAGCAGGAGCCGUCCACGACGAAGCUGGAGUCGGGCCAUGGAACUGCAACGCAGACGGAGUGCGGAACGGUUGAGGAAGAAAAGCCGGAGCCCUCGGAAAAGAAGCCUGAGCAAGAGGAGGUCACCACCGCCACGUAAGAAGAGUCGCAGCCGCAGCCGAAGCCGGCGGCGUUCUAGAACACAUAGUCCAGAGAGGAAGAGGAAGAGCCGCAGCCGUGAAAGGGAGCCCUCGGUGGUCAAGGUGGACAAGGCCCAGCUGCUGGAGGCUGCUCGCAAGAACAUGCAGGCCAUGUUGCAGCGUGGUGUGGUCGCCAAGGGUCUCCCCGUGGCUGCAGCGGCAGCCGUGAACGCGACUGUCAAAGUGGUGGCAGCGGCAGUGGCAGCUGCUGCAGCUGAUCCGAAGUCAUCGCUGGCUGCCAGGUUGGAUGUGGGUACAUCUGCGACUUCAACACCCCCGAGUGAGGCUCCAGUCCUGCCCUUGGCAUUGUCAGGAGAUGGGACGGGUCCCUCUGUGACACUUGGCAUAACUGAGGAGCCGCCAAAGGUCAAAAGGUCCCUGGCUGCACUCACUGAAAUCUGCAAGGCCAUCUCCGACGAAGAGAAGCGCGAGUACGCUGGUGAAGUGGAACCCAAGACAGCUGAGGAAGUGGCUGAAGAGUUCCAACAAACACACCACCACCCUUUCAAAUUGAAGGAACCUCCACCCCCGAUUAGGUUUAACAUUCCUAAUGCCACCAACCUCCCCGUGAAGACGCUCGCCGAGAAGGUGGCCGAUGCUGCACACCUGCACAAACAGUUUCCCGUCUCGAGUGGCAACCAGCACCGCGUGAAAGAGCUCGAGUGGGUGCCCGUGGAGAAGACGGAGCCGGCACCGGCCCCCAAGGUCGCUCGGGCUGCCGCUACCAAGAGUCGUGCUGCCCCUCCAAAGGAGGGAGGCACCACCUCCCCGCUUGCCCUCAUGCCCCCUCCUCCUCCCUUACCCUCCACUGAUACCUUUUCCCCGCUGCCCACUGUUGCCACUCCGCCUGUGUUUCAGAUGGAGGAGGUUCCGCUGCCCGUCUCGUCAGCAGUGAUUUCCUCGACGGUGAUGGAGCCGCCAGACACAGCGCUGGAGAGCCUCGACAUUGCAACCAUAAUGAGUCGUCGUGUUGAAGCGAUGAAGGCCCUCAAGGAGAACCCGAUGGAUCUGGAAGCUAUGAAAGUUUACCACGACUGCCACAAGGAGUUCCAGGCCUGGGUAGCAUCAAAGCAAGAGCCGGGCCAAUACACAGGCUCGAUAGACUUCAAGCCACUCACUCCUGAUGAGCUCUCUGGGCCCACUCCCGCUUGGGUUAAGAAGGCAGGAAAAGCAGAAGCAGCCAAGGCUGAUGACGGUACAGCCCACCAAGAAGCCAAAGGCCAGCCAGAGGGAGACAGUCAAACAACUGCCAGCAAUCUACAUAACGAUCAUGCCUCCAAUCUUCAUAUCCUGGACAAAUCAGUGACUGGAAAGUCUGACAGCUUGGACGAAUCUAAAGAGGAUAAAACAGCAGAGGCCAAACAUGACAAUGUAGACGACUCUCAACACAAAACUCAGUGCAACACGUUCACUGACGAUCCGGACCCAACCUUCUUGUUCGAGGAGGUUCCACUGGAAAGCAUUCCUCUUCCGGAGGGCCCAUACAUUCCACCCGAAACGCAGCAUUGUGUCUCACUUGAACACGAAGCUAGAGCAAGCGUGUCGGUCCCAGACAUUCAACCACAAAGUGAGAAAGCCACAAAGCCAAGAAAGCGGGAUAUUCCACCAGAGCAAUGGCUCUCUCAGGAUGCUGUAUCAAACGACAAGGACUCCAUUUCUGAAUCAUCCAUAAAGCCAACAGCAAAAUGUUCAAUUGAAACUGAGCCAAAAUCAGUUAAGCUUGAUGAACGAAAGUUCACUCCAGAGGUAAAAAGCCAGGAAGUGACUCCAAGUAAGCAACAGCUUUCUAACAAGAUAAAAGAACCGCCACAACCAGAGUUGUCUCAACAAAGCAAUUUGCCUAUAUCCAAAAAGUCGGAGUUGGAUUGUCAACGAAGAGCAGCUAGAAACAGCAAAUCAAAACAUAAAGAAAAGGCUCCUGUAAUUAGCAAAGAGGAGCAGCAUUCUUUGCCAGAAGUGCAGCUUGAAGUAGACAAGGUGUCCGAGUCAAAACAGCCACCAGAGCCAACUAAUAUCAGAGAUAAACUCAGGAAGCUAAGGCGGGAGAGCCUAAUGUCAGUGCUUAAUUUCGAGCCUUUAGAAAUUACCCAUAAAACUACUCCGAUCCAGUCUUUUGAAAUGAAACAAGAUGGUGCGUCCCUGUGCAAGCAGGCAUGGAGCAGAAUUUCUGCAUCGCAAAAAGAGUCUGCGUACUUCUCCUCCGAGGACAAGAAGGUGUCGCCAGAACCAUCUAGACCAGUUCAAAUCGACAAGGAAGACAGCAGCAGUAAAACAGAGCUUUGCAGGUCUCAGUCACCAUCAAAGACAAAAACUCCCAGUGUUCAGACGAAGGGCAAGCCAUCACACUCCUCUUCAGAGAAGAAGAAAGUUUUGCCAGAACAAUCUAAACCAGUUCAAAACAACAAGGAAGACAGCAACAGUAAAACAGAACUUCUUAGGUCUCAAACACCAUCAAAGACAAGAAAUCCCAGCGCUCAGACAGAGGGCAAGCCAUUGUACUUUUCUUCCAAGAAGAAGAAUGUGUUGCCAGAACCAUCUAAACCAGUUCAAAACAACAACGAGGACAGCAUUGGUAAAACAGAGCUUCGCAGGUCUCAAUCACCGACACAAAAUCUCAGCAUUCAGACGAAGGGCAAGCCAUCGUGCUCCUCUUCCGAGAAGAAGAAAGUGUUGCCAGAACCCUCUAAACCAGUUCAAAAGAACAAGGAAGAUGGCACCGGUAAAGCAGAGCUUCGCAGGUCGCAAUCACCAUCACAGACACAAAGCACCAGCAUUCAGAUGAAGGGCAAGCCAUCGUACUGCUCUUCCGAGAAGAAGAAUGUGUCGCCAGAACCAUCUAAACCAGUUCAAAACAACAAGGAAGACGGCACAGGUAAAAUGGAGCUGAACAGCCCUCAAUCAUUAUCAAAGACAAAAGAUCCCAGUGUUCAGACAAAGGGCAAGCCAUCGUACUCCUCUUCCGAGAAGAAGAAAGUGAUGCCAGAACCAUCUAAACCAGUAGAAAAUGACAAGGAAGACGGCACAGGUAAAAUGGAGCUUAACAGCCCUCAAUCAUCAUCAAAGACAAAAGAUCCCAGUGUUCAGACAAAGGGCAAGCCAUCGUACUCCUCUUCCGAGAAGAAGAAAGUGAUGCCAGAACCAUCUAAACCAGUAGAAAACAACAAGGAGGACAGCACUAAUAAAACGGAGCUUCGCAGGUCUCAAUCACCAUCAAAGACACAAAAUCCCAGCAUUCAGACGAAGGGCAAGCCAUCGUACUCCUCUUCCCAGAAGAAGAAUGUGUCGCCAGAACCAUCCAAACCAGUUCAAAACAACAAGGAAGACGGCACAGGUAAAAUGGAGCUUAACAGCCCUCAAUCAUCAUCAAAGACAAAAGAUCCCAGUGUUCAGACAAAGGGCAAGCCAUCGUACUCCUCUUCCGAGAAGAAAGUGAUGCCAGAACCAUCUAAACCAGUAGAAAACUACAAGGAGGACAGCACUAAUAAAACGGAGCUUCGCAGGUCUCAAUCACCAUCAAAGACAAAAGAUCCCAGCCUUCAGACAGAGGGCAAGCCCAGUCCUGUAGAUUCUGCGGAUACUGUCCAGCAGCGGACGGUAGUAGGACACAGCUGCACCACAGCCGGCCAGCGCAAAUCCGAUCGAUUCUUGCGUCGACAGAUUCAAGGAAACGUUGUUACUCAGUUCAUGCCUGGAUAUUUAACGUUUGGCAACAUAAUUGUGAACCCCGCACCACCGGUAUAUCCCCCAGUAAGAGACCAGGCUAAUAGCAGUUCAGCGGAACUAAGUGGUCCACCAUCUGGAAACUGCGUCCAGAAUGUCAUCAGCAAACUCGAGCAUGGACCUACAACACUACCAGCGAGUUUUACAGUGGAGGAAUCCAGGGCAGUGCAAAACCAGUCGACAGAGAAUUUAGUUACACCAACAGAAGUGAGUAAAUGUGCUGACACAGACUCCAAACGGUCGCAUGGAAACGCCCAAUCUGCAAGCGCCACAACAGACCGGGUGGUGACUGAUGCUGAGCUAUUGGCAAAGCGUGAAACGAGAGAUGACAACAAAACUAGAAAGGGUGAGCCUGGUGGUCUUCCAGUAAAAUCACGGGGCCAAAAAGAUGUGCAUAAGCAUAAGGAGCACACUGCUGUGUUGUCUACAGAUCUUAAGCAGGCGACAGAAGGCCAGGAAACUGCACUGUUGCAAAGUUCAAAAAGCACACCGCGCAAGAAAACUCAGGACAACACUUCCACUCAGUCUGAGGACUUUGCUGCACAUGUACCAAAGCAUGUCUCGGUGAUAGGUAUCGCAACUGAUAGAGAUUCUCACACUGCAUUAUCUCCAAAGAAUGAGAUGCUAUCCCACCAAACUGAACCUGAAAAUCCUUUGCCUCAGCUACAGGAGCAGAUAUGCAAAGAAGGAUCCUCAACGAAACCCACAGAAAACAUUGCAGCGACUCAGAUGUCUGAAUUGCAAGACGAGGACAAUGCCUGUCGACAGGCACAGAGCACUAAAGUGGAAGCUCGACUAGAUAAGCUUGCCACUAAUCCUAUGGAGCAGGCAACAGCGCUACUAACAGAAAGCAUAGCUCCGAGAAUAAUUGUGAUGCAAGACGCAACUAGCACACUGGAUAACAGUAAUGAGGACAAAACUGGUGAAAGUGAAGUGAAUGUUGAGCAGAUGAAUCAUGGGCCAGAUGUUAGCCAGAAGCCCAAUAAUGUGCCUGUAAGCUUAGAAUUAACAGAAUCUACACAAUCCUCCACAGUUCAAGAAUUGGAUAGUGCUGUACAUAAGUGUGACAGCUUGUCAGCAGAUGUCACACCUCUGUGUGAUCUAGCAGUGCCACCUUCGAUGGACAGUCCAACAGCAGCAAACCAAAAGGUGCAAGAGCCCCAGGAAGUGUCUACAAAAGAACCAUCUCCAGAGCCUGAAUCUUUCGCAGUAGGAGAGCUGUCGUCAGCACCAACUGCACACAAACAAGAACCAGAACAUUCCCAUCACUAUGAACAACAAAAGCAGCUUGAUCUUGAGCCUAAACCUCUAAGUGAACUUCAGAAGCCUGAAAUAAUUAUAUCCACUUCUGGCUUGGCCGAAAGAGCUGAACGAGAAGGCACUUUACCUCAACAGGACAGCAGUGUAACCAUGAGUACCGAGCGCAUUUCUCCAUCUUUAAAACCAACCAUUGUGGUGGCGUCAACAUCAUCGCCGUCACCUGGGGGCUGUACUACUGAAAUGAAAGCACUGUUACCCGAGACUGAUUACAAGAACACGGCCCAGGAGCUACGGCUAAAUCAUCCUUCUACUGAAACAAGUGGAAAGACCAUGGUUCAUGUGCUUGAAAAUUCGAAUCCCCUAUCAGACAACAGCGAAGCAAUGUCAGUGAAUGACAGGUCACCUCUAGAACAGAGCCACAAAAAUACUCAUCAACAUGGCCUUCCCAGAAAAAAGCAGUUGCAGGUCUCUCACGAGCCUGCUGGAAAGGCCAGUGGGCCCACCCUGCUCAGUGCAGUCGUCAGCCAUGAUAAGAGUGAAAAACUAGCAGCCAAUGUGCCUGAGCACUCUUUGUCUAGUCUCCCAACUGAAAGCUUAGAGACCAAACCGGCGUUGUAUGAACUGCCUCCAGGAGAUAACGGAGCAAGUGCUUGUGAAAUUCCUGCAAACCAGCCUGAGCGGGAACCAAUUCUUACUAAAUAUGACAACACCAUAUCUUCAAACGACAAUGAGAAUGAAAGUGCGUCAUGUUUGAAUGAGGAAGAGUCAAGUGCUCAACAGGGAGAGUUGGAGAGAGAAUAUAUUGAAGAGACAAGUGAUCUGGCAGACAAGUUAAUGCAACCUGCAUCUGAUGUUACAUGUGACCAGCCACUAACACAGGCCAUGGUUGCUGACCGUGAAAACUUAUCUAAGGACCCAUCAAUGAAAGACAGAGAAAAUGAAGAAACAUUGCUGUCCUUCAGUCAGUUGCAAAGAAUCAGUGAGACAAUUGAUGUGACCAAUAAUGUUGUGCAGCAUGCUCAUCAUACUAGCACUGACACUGCUGCCACCAUACAGUAUCAGUUUGAAAAAGACAUUGGCACUGAUGAAGCUCGUCCAAUUACAGCUGCCCAACCAUCACAAGGUGCUCAGACUGAAAUCACAUCAUUAAUUUCUAAGAAUGAAAACGUGAUCAUCAAGCAAGUAAUAUCUGUGAGCAGCCACACAAGUGAGCAAUUCAGAGAUGGUUCACGUGAGUCUGCACAUCUUGUGUGUGGGACAAACCAACUCGAAAUGACAGCCAAUGACUGCAAACGGGCCCUCAGUGUGAGACCGCCAUCAGAAGAUGCUGGAGAUGAGAGUAAAAUCCUGAGUAAGGAACAUGCAAGCACUAAGCGGACAGAAAAUGAGAGCCUUCUCACACAAGAACACGACACCUUUAAAGCUGAAACAGCCAAAGGUGAAGAGAUCACUGCAAGCAGUGAUUAUGAAGAAAUGGAAUCAUCAGCUGAGCACUCUAGAGAUCAGUGUGCACAGUUCAUUCUUGGCGAAGUGCGAGUGGGUGCAAAGCAAGGAGACAUGGAUAACACCACUGUACUAGGACAGAGUGAUGACUCCGCCUGUAAUCGUGUGCUUGAAGUCAAAACAGACACACUUCAAGAGGGUGUCGCUGACAUUGUGCAAGACCUCACUAUGACACCAGCAUUAGAAGGCGUUGAUCGAACCUCAUCAUUACUUUCAAACCAAGAGGCAAUGACUCUGAGUCAGACAGACUUGAGCCAUUCCACAGAGGAGUACAGAAGGGACUCUGGCAGUGAACUUGCAUCCAAGGAUGAAAUAAAGGACCUCCAAGGUGCUACUGCUGACGGUGAGCAAGAUUACAUGGCGCCACCAGCAUCAAAGGACAAUGAAGAUGUGAGUGCAAUGAACCAGAAGUGGGCAAGCCAUAGGCAGGAAGCUGCAGACAUUUCUCCCAUAGAGGCACUGCCAAACAAUUCCACCGACGAACCUGUAUUUGUGGACAGAAUCGCCAAUCUUAAAGAGGGCACAGCUAGUGCUGAGCAACACCACUCUGCAAGAUCAACAUCAAAUCAUGUGGAAGCUGAAUCUAUGCUGUUACUACCAACAGAGGAAAAAACAAGCAUGGAGCUCACGAACGUAAGGAGCCCUCUGCUGGAGGGUAGAGAGAAAGCCAAAUCUGCUGAUGCACCUCUACUUGAAGAUGGAGGUGAACAGCUUCAAGAAAGCAGUGCUGUAACCGAGCAUAAUAUCCUAGCAGCUCUAUCAACAAGAGACGAAUCUGAAAACGCACAGGUGCUCUUGACUGGGCAGGAGGCGCACCUGAACAUGCCCAUUACUCAAGAAGUAAAUGCACCUAUUGGUGAGAAACUAUGCGAGUUCAAAAUGAACACACCCGCAGUGCAAGCUUUUGCCAGUAAUCUGAGAGAUGUUUCUCGGCCUACAUCACUUGAAAACAAUGAAGUCCAAAUGUCGCUAGUUCAUACGGCAGAUGAAAUGACAAAAGCAAACUCUGUAAAUGGAGAAAGCAAAACCAAUAGUGGGGAUGAUGGUGACCAACAGCUGCAUGAAGUGUGCAGGGCUGUCACAGAGUAUGACACAGAGCCUGCAUCAUCUUCCAUGGAUGAGAACCUUCUCAAUCAGGCAAAACAGGCAAAUGCUCUGCCAGGUGAUGACCAAUUGCAAAGCCAUGCCCUACCACAUGAAAUAAAUGCCGCAGUGCCACCCGUGCCAAACUGGGCUCAGCGCGAUGAGGAAUCAGCAGGAAAGCCAGCCAUUGGUUUGGCAGAAGUUGACGAAAACGAAAUUCUGGUUAUUACAGUAGCUGAAGAGAGCCUCAGUGAGGAAUCGAGAGAUAAAGCAGAUAAUUGCCAGCAACAUGACCAUGUAAAUGAGAACAUUCCUAGGCCAACUCAACAUUCCAUACCAUCAUUUAAAAACCAAACAACGCAUGAUAAAGUGGCUUCUGUAGGCAUAGUUAGCUUACCGCGUGAGCCAGAUAUUGAUGGUAAUGCAAAUAUGCAACGAAACACUGUAAUUCAGCCUGAGCAGCCUGGUGUAUCUCCAACAUUUGAUGCCAGUACAGAAUCUGCGCUGUUUGCCUCAUCAUUGGAGGAACGUAUUAGCACUUCUGUCGCUGAAACAGCUAUUGUGCUAAGCACACAGGCAGGGCUGGAGGUUAUUGAAGUGGCUUCGGUCAUUGAAGUUUCAGCUGAGGAGAUCAUACUUUCACCUGACAUUUCACCAAUGCACAGCUGCCACCUGACCGAGACAAGCCAGCAAGUGUCUGCAGCACGCACAAAUGAACAAAGUUCCCAAUUAGUUAGCACUUCUGAGGGCAGAGCCGAGUCUACAGCUUAUGCAGUUGGCCACCCUGCCUUAGCGUCUUGUGAUCAGGGUCCUGCAGAGUUCCUGAUAACAGGUUCAUGCAAUGAGGAACUCUCAAUUAUUCCUCAGGCUGAGCAGGAGAUGCAAGACAGUGCUGCUGAAGAAAGAGGCGAUGUGGCAGAUGGCAUGUCAGGAAAUGGUGAUCUUUUAUCCCCAGAAGCUACUCUAAAUGAGCUGUUAUGUGAGGAAGAAAUGGAGCCAGCUCCUCCCACCAUCACAGAUGACUCCUCACAUUUGCAACAUUCACAAGGAAUAGGACAACAAGUGGCCUCAAAACUGACAACAUCCUCGAAAGCUCAAUUAGCAGGCGUGAAUCCGGAAAGUCAAUUGCUUCCUUCACCUACACUACCUCAGACCCCACUCACGAACCCCUUAGUUGUCCAUGAUGAAAGGCUGCAGUCAUAUCCCGAACCAUUGUCUAUAACCUCAAGUUGCAGCCACUAUGAAAGCACCCAGGAAUCACUCGAGCAACCUGCAGAAGACUCAGCUCUGCAACCAAGAGACGCUAAUGCGAUUCCAAUAUGUGGGAAUGCUCCGAGUGCAAAUGUAGCAGUAUCGUUACCUUCAAGCCAGGCUGGUGAUGAAGAGGCAAGUUUGGGCAUUCCUAGCACGGAGGAGUCCGUUCACGUAGCAGUAUCACCACCUCCAAGCCAAGCUGGUAAUGAAAAAGCUAGUUUGGACAUUCUUAGCAUGGAGGAGUCGGUUGACGUAGCAGUAUCGUUAAAUUCAAGCCAGGCUGGUAAUGAAGAGGCAAGCUUGGACUUUCCUAGCACAGAGGAGUCCGUUCACAUAGCACUAUCGCUUCCUCCAACCCAGGCUGGUAAUGAAAAGGCUAGUUUGGAUAUUCUUAGCACGGAGGAGUCCGUGGACAUAGCAGUAUCGCUACCUCCAAGCCAGGCUGGUAAUGAAAAGGCUAGCUUGGACAUUCUUAGCAUGGAGGAGUCCGUGAACGUAGCAGUAUUAUUAGCUUCAAGCCAGGCUGGCAAUAAAGAGGCAAGUUUGGACAUUCCUAGUACGGAGGAGUCUGUUCACAUAGCAGUAUCACUACCUCCAAGCCAGGCUGGUCUAGACAUUCAUAGCACGGAAGAGUCCAUUCAUGUGACAAAGUCACCACCACCUGCAGUCACGGAAAGCACACGACAGGUGGAAGCUGAGAAACAGCUUGCAGUGUUUAUAGAGCAGACGGAGCCCACAAGGGAAGAUACACUUGCAGGUGAAGAGGAGGUGAGAAAUGAAGAGCCGGCCGAUAGUCCAAUGCCGCUAAGAAAGCAACCGGCUACAAGUCAGCUGCCAGAAAUUUUGCAGAAGAAUGCACACCCCUUUCUGAGCAAUCCCUGUUGUCUCUCAGCUCUCGCACAGAAACAUUACCUGAGGAACACAAGCCAAAAAAGGCUGCUGCAAAACCCAAACGCAGAGGCAGGACGUCACUAGCACACUCACAAGGAGAGGGUGACGAAGCAGAAACGCUACCAGUGAGAAGGUCUACCAGAAACAAAAAGCCGCCGGAACGUUUCUGUUUUUAGAAUUGUGCGUCAACAAUGAUCACUAGAUGGAAUACUAAGACUGAAACACGAUGCAUAUAAUCAUACAUUCAUACCCAUUCAGAAUGGGUCACCCAUUUCACUAAAAAUACCAGCACUCAUGUCACGAUAUCUCCUUCAGGCACCAAUGAAUUCUCUCUGUUGAACAUUUAUUUAAUCUUCAGUAUCAUUAAAAGACAAGCAGAGGUGGAACAGGCUGGCAAUCCUGACUUUUUCACCAAGUUUUGUUGUGUCCACAAUCUGCACCUGAACUUUCAAAGAUACUUGAGGUGCAAGAAUUGUAUUGGCUAGGUCAUUUGAAUUGUGUUUGGAAUACAGCAAUCUCUUUAAGCAGUUUUCAUAGUGUAAACUAUUACUGUCGAAAACAACGAAACAAGAGAACCUUCCUACACGGCAACAUAACUAGCAUUGCAGCAAACAUGCAGACGUCUAUGCUGUAACUGCUUUCAUUAACUCACUUGGUGCAUAUUACAGUGCAGGUACAAUCAUAAGUACCUUGGGAUGUAUUUGACACAUUUGAAACAUCAUUAUUUGCAAUAGUUUUUAAAUUUUAUUUUGAAGGGCAUAUACACUUGAAGACAUUACCAGAAGCUUUUAGUUUAUGGCUGUUACUUUAGUUCUGUUGACGCUAUUUCAUACUUCAGGUGUUAUGGAAAUGACAGCCCUAAUUAUAUUUCACAAUGUACAGGGAUCUCAUUGCCUUGCCACAUUCUCACACACGUACAAUAGAUGCCGCACUAUGCAUUUGACCAGUGUGUAGCUGUCUACCUUUCUUUCAUGUAGCAGCUUAGCUGGCACGGAGCUUUAAUAUAAAGGAAGGACCAGUGCAUGUAGCCAGAUCUCAAAACAUAAAUUGAUAACUAGGAGUCGGCCCAUUUGCUAAUGCAUAAACAAGUUUAUCAGUUUGUGAUCCAUACUAGCAUUGUAUGUUAUGUCAGUCUGUUUCGAAGCCACCAUGAGAUAUAUAUGUACACUGUUGCCUUAACUGACAAGAACUGUUCACAGCCCAAGCUGCACUAGGAGUCGCUAGUUGGGAUAUGACGAAAGUCCACACACCAGAGCGAUUACAAUGAUAAUCUCCAGGUGUUGCAACAAUAACAACGAUGAUGGCGCUGGCACUACGUUAGUUCCUUGGUUGAUGCGGCACCUUCUGAAGCGGCUUUUCGCAAGACCAAUGCUACAGACUGCCAUAGUUGGAGAAUGCCUCCCCAAGCACUUCAUCAGGUGGUCUUUUCAAAACCUUGCAACUUGCGCAUCUUGCCCUGGACCAGCUAUGCCCAUUUCUUCGAGCUGACGCUAAUAAAACUCAUUCUGUCAAACCUGAAA